ACUAGAGAAUGAGCAGCAAUAGAUGAACCAUCAUUUCUGACAUCUGCUAGGUGGACAAACAAGCCCACCUGAAUAAAGUCAGCUCACCCUCCUGGCUCUCCUCAGUCUGAGCUGAAAUCAAGAUGAUCCAGUCCACCCUCCUCAUCCUCAUGAGUGCACUUUUCUGCAAAGUGCUUUCCCUGACCUGCUACCAAUGUAUCCCUGAGACUUCAGUGAAAUGUACUGAACGAAAAGUGGAAUGUCCAGCUGGUCAGUGUGGCAACAUGAAAACCACAGCCUAUGUGGGCAGCACCGUACUGGUUGAUAUGGUAAUGAAAAACUGCUCAUUCACUCAGCAGUGUGUGACGGCAUCAGUUAACUUUGGGGUGACCAAGACGAUAAUUAGCAAUCAGUGCUGUAGCACUGACCUCUGCAACUCCCAGAGACAGCCAGAUGUAAUGGGCAACAUUCCAAAUGGCCUUCAGUGUUACACCUGCAACGGGGAGGACUGUACAUCAAUCUUGGACUGUGUCGAUGAAGAAGACCACUGCAUCAAAUCGACAGUAGGUGCUGACGGAAAGAUGAUGAUGAUGAGAGGAUGCGCCACUAGGAGUUUCUGCAUGGGUGAUCUGUCCGCUCACCUGGCCCAGUCAAACACUGUGGUUGGGCUUACCUGUUGUGAGGGGAACUUGUGUAACGGUGUCAAGAGAAAUACACAGAAUUUCCUCCUUCUGGGGCUUCUGCUUACAUCCAUUAUUCCCCAAUGAAAACUGCACCAGUCAAGCUUUCCAACGUGACUCGUAGCACACUGUAAGUUCUAAAGCUCAAAGAAAUGUUUCGGGGAAAAAAUAUUUGGGAAUACCUUGAAGUCGAAGCCUCAAAUUCAGAGGAUUACAGAAUCCUGGACAUGCAUCCUCUCAGUAAUGUAUACAGCUUCUUGUACACCGAGUUGCCAGUUUAUUAUGUAAAUUGAAGAUGAAAGCAAGGUGCAACCUA